AUGUAUGGCUUUACACUCGUUUCACUCCUCUUUCUUGUUUCGAUUCCGUCAGCCGCACUAGCAAUCGCUCUUGAUGUUGAUGACAGACGUGCCAUUCUCACCGUGGCAGCAAGCAUUGCCUCUGGCUUACAAGACCUCUACAACGGCAACCGUAGCGGCGGAACCAUUGGAAAAUGGCCUUUUCCGCCAUACUACUGGUGGGAGUCUGGCGGUGCUUGGAGUGGCAUGAUGGAGUAUUGGCAUUACUCUGGAGACGACUCAUACAACAUGCUCAUGAUCGAAGCUCUCGUUUCCCAACUAGGCCCCGCAAAUGAUUUCAACAUGCCCUCUGAAGCCCUGGACGAGGGAAAUGACGAUCAAGCCUUUUGGGUCUUUGCUGCAAUGUCCGCCGAAGAGUAUUCCUUCCCUCAACCACCCGCGCCCGCUCCUUCCUGGCUCAAGAUCGUCGAGAACUCAUGGCAAGACUACGUUCUUCGUUGGAAUAAUUCGAUGUGCAAUGGGGGUCUCAAAUGGCAAUUUCACCCGGAAAAUGCAGGGUAUUACUACAAAAAUGCCGUCUCGAACGGCGCCUUCUUUCAACUUUCGGCCCGGUUGGCAAGAGUCACGGGAAACCAAACCUACAUCCAUUGGGCGAACAAGAUAUGGGACUGGGCUGCUGGUGUCCACCUCAUCGACAACUUCUACAACGUGUUCGAUGGCACUGAUGAAAAAAUCAAUUGUACCGGUAUCGAUCAUCAUCAAUGGACAUAUAAUGUCGGCUUGUUCCUGUAUGGCUCCGCAGUGCUGCAAAACCUUACCAAUGGCUCGUCUCCUUGGAUUGAGAGAACGGCUGGCCUACUCGAAGCUACAAACACUUUCGUCUCCCCAUUCGAGAAUGCAACCAAUGUUCUCUUUGAGGCGGAAUGUGAGCUCAGCAUGACCUGCAAUACUGACCAACUCUCCAUGAAAGCUUACCUACUUCGAUGGUUGGCCGCGACAUCGAUUAUGGCACCUUUCACCGCAGGACGCGUGGGCGAGAUCAUUCGAGCUUCUGCACAGGGCGCCGCGAGAGCAUGUGUGAGCAGAAACAACGGACUUACUUGCGGAUCGAAGUGGUACAUCGACGGUUGGGAUGGAACCAGUGGUCUUGGACAGCAGCUAUGCGCUAUGGAAGCGAUGUAUGCGCUCUUGGUCAACCACACAAAUGCUCCAAUGACCUUGUGGGAUGUUCACAUCCGACCUGCUUCUCUCUCACCAGCUAUUCUUGUCAAUGCCACACAAGAGCUUCCCGUUGCAAGUAAAACGGCCCGUCCGCUGUUCGACAACAAUGGUGGGAGUAGGAUAAAGGACCAGCGUUGGAUACAGAGUGUUGUAUCUGCAAGCGAUAUCGUGGUAGAUUCUUGA